AAAACGCAUUGACAUUAAACUGUCAAUUUUCACGUGUUUACGGCUGCUACAAGUAUUUUAAACAUUUCUGUUAAUUUAUUUACUACGCUGGUAUAAAAUAAAAUAAAAAAUGGUUAAAGUCAAGAGUGAACCUAUUGAUCAGGAUGCUUCCGUUGUUUCCGUGGGCAAUGUGUCGGUCAAAGAGGAGGAUACUUACGAUGAUAAACUAAAGUAUGUGAACAGCAUAUCACAGCCAAUGGCCUCACGUAAAAUGGCCAAAAAGUGCUUUAAACUUAUCAAAAAGGCAAUGAAGCACAAAACUUUCCUACGUAAUGGCCUAAAAGAUGUGCAGACACGUUUGCGUAAAGGUGAAACUGGCAUCUGCAUCUUUGCCGGCGACGUAACACCCAUUGACAUUAUGUGCCACUUGCCCGCCGUUUGCGAAGAGAAGGGCAUUCCUUACGCUUACACACCCAGUCGCGUAGAUUUGGGUGCUGCUAUGGGCGUAAAACGUGGCACAGUCGCGUUGUUGGUGCGCGAACAUCCAGACUACAAAGAUUUAUACGAUGAGCUGAAGGAAGACAUGGCGGGCUUAAAUAUACCAGUUUGAGUGCUUGAGCGGCAAUGUGCAGUUGUAAUAAGUCUUCUCCCAUGAGGCAUAAAUGUAGUUUAAGCGAUUUCUUACGCCUUUAUAAUGAUAAGUUUAAUUAAAUAAGAGACUGUAAAAAAAAUAAAA